CCUCGGUGCUAUUGCGACCGGGAAAAAUUACAAGUUUCAACUAUUGGGAAUAACUCGCGGGAUAUUUACAAUGAAAUCUAUUAAAUUGUCAUCAGGUUAUGAUAUGCCAAUGGUUGGCCUUGGAACUUGGCAGACCAAACCAGAAGAAGUUGCUUAUGCUGUCACUACGGCUCUGCAUUUUGGAUAUCGACACUUUGAUACUGCAUUCAAUUACAGGAACGAAGAAAUUGUUGGUAAUGGUUUAAAAAAGUGGUUUGCUGAAGGUGGAAAAAGAGAAGAUGUAUUUGUUACUUCUAAGUUACCUCAUUUUGGAAACCGACCAUCAGAUGUUGAAAAGUAUGUCAAAAUGUCAUUGCAAAAUCUUGGACUGGAUUACAUAGAUAUGUUUUUAAUUCAUAUGCCUUUUGCCUUUGUCUGUGAUAAAACUGGCCUUGCACCUGUAAUUAAUGAAGAUGGAAGUUAUGAAUUGGACUUGGAUACUGAUCCUGUCUCUGUUUGGAAGGAAAUGGAGAAACAAGUCAAAGCUGGUAGAAUAAGAUCUAUUGGAAUGAGUAACUUUAACGAGGAUCAAAUACUUGACGUGUACAAUAAUUCUGAAAUAAAACCAAGUAAUGUACAGGUGGAAUUACAUGCGUAUUUUCAACAAAAAGCACUGAGACAAUUUUGCAAAAAACUUAACAUUGCGGUAACUGCUUACAGUCCGUUGGGAUCUCCUGGAUCUAAAGAAUACUUUCAAUCAAAAUACAAUUACAGUCCCGACCAAUUUCCAGACUUAUUGCGACACCCAACAGUUCAAAAAAUUGCAAACAAUCAUAAUAAAUCAACGGGACAAGUUUUGUUGCGAUACUCAGUGCAGAUGGGUGUAAUAGUUAUUCCUAAGAGUACUGAUUAUGAUAGAAUAAAAGCUAAUAUUGAUAUUCUUGACUUUGAGUUAACAAAUGAUGAAAUGAAAGAAAUGGAAGCAUUAAAUCAAGAGCCUGAGGGACGGAUCUUUACAUUUUUAUUCUUCAAAGGAGUUGAAAAUCAUCCACAAUAUCCUUUCAAAUAUCUACUCAGAGAGGAAAAAAAGGUCGCAGCUGCUAAGUAAAAAAAAUUUAUUCAAAUUAUUUUUAUAAAAAACAUCCACUUCUUAAAUUGGCACAAAAAAUUUAAUUUUAUUAUUCGCGCAUUUUCUAGC